AUGUUCCAAGAUGCUGCUGCUUCCUCAAACACCCUGGGUGUCAGCAUCCUGCCCGUCCGAAUCCAGUCCCUGGAGCAGUUUGGCAGCUUACGAGACGUGGAGACACGCAUCUUGGCAGCAGAGAGGGCAAAGGAGAGCACGAUGAGCACCGCCAUGCUUUCCUCCAGCGUGCGGGGUUCCCCUCCAAACACAACCUACGAGUUCGAGUACGAGGUGGACUCCACCCGCGGCAAGAAGCGUCUGCUGGCUGCGGUGACGGUGGCGGGCAGCAAGCUGCACAUCCUGAAUGCCAGCGUGGGGUGUGGGAAGGGGGAGACCGCCACCUGCGCUCCCCUGGAAGCCGACCUGCAGCGACUGCGGCGUGCCAUUGCCUCCUUUGAUGUGGAUCGAGGCGCAUGA